GCUGCCUGCAGUUCAAACAUCAAGCUUUAUCAAUUUUUUCCCGUUUUCCCAUUAAGCUUCGAUCAUUUUCGAGAUACCCACAAAUUACUUUUCAUUUCACUUUUACGGUUCAGAUCAUAAAUCAUGGCUUCAGGAUAUGAUAGAGCGUUGUCUGGUAAGCUAAUUCCCUAGGCAAAUCGAAAGGUAGCUGCUAACAUAUAACAGUUUUCAGGUUAGUUUGCUUCAUGAUUUACACUUAGGGAGGGAUCUGACAGCUGCCAUAGUCCGGAUGGUCAUGUUUUCCAAGUCGAAUAUGCUCUCGAAGCUGUCAAAAGAGGUACUUAAGAUAGCUAUAAACAAUCAAUGGAUCGCAGCUUAUCUAUCAAUCUAGGAACAUGCGCAGUUGGAGUAAAGGGCAAGGAUAUUGUUGUCUUGGGAUGCGAGAAGCGUUCGGCGAUGAAGUUACAAGAUACCCGUAUUACGCCCUCAAAAAUUGGUCUCGUAGAUACCCACGUUUGCCUCGCCUUUGCAGGUCUUAAUGCCGAUGCACGAAUCUUGGUCGAUAAAGCAAGAUUAGAAGCACAAUCACAUCGUCUUACAGUGGAAGAUCCAGUUACAAUAGAGUACAUCACAAAGUAUGUAGCUGGUGUGCAACAAAGAUAUACACAAAGUGGUGGUGUUAGACCGUUUGGUAUUAGUACCUUGAUUGUUGGAUUCGACCCCAAUGAUCAGACUCCAAGAUUGUACCAGACCGAGCCAUCUGGAAUUUACUCCGCCUGGUAUGUUGUUCAUAUGGUUAUGUGUUCUAUCAGUCUAAUAAGCUCCUAGGAAAGCCAAUGCUAUCGGUAGAUCAAGCAAAACUGUACGAGAGUUCUUAGAGAGAAACCACAAGGAUGAUAUGGAUCGGGAAGCUACCAUCAAAUUGACAAUCAAGUCGUUACUAGAAGUUGUCCAAACUGGAGCGAAGAAUAUCGAGAUUGCUAUUAUGGCACCGGGCAAGCUCAUUGAGAUGUUGCCAGUGGAGGAUAUUGAGAAAUAUGUGAAGGAUAUUGAGCAGGAGAAAUCUGAGGAAGCUGCUAAGAAGAAGGGUGGUCGCUCAGGGGGGACUGCUGCGAUCUUGACGAGAGGACCUGAUGAUGCUGCUGCCCAAUAAGUGGGGUGAUAUUUAUGACUUUCUGCACUUCAUAGAGCCUCUGUACUAUAGCAAUGAGCGACGAAAUAACACAAUUUCGGUGCUUCUGAUGCACCCUAGGUUCACAAU